AUGUUGGUCUUGUGGCGCCACCUCUUUCUUCUCCUUGGGCUUUUCUCUUGCCCCUUGCUGGCCGCCAACGAGCCUCGAGGCUAUGACUAUGGCCCUACAGCGCAGGAAACCAUUGGAAAGCGCGACAUCUCCCAGAAUGAUUCACAAAAUGCUUUGGUGCAGCCCAUAGCCUAUAAUGGCAGCAUUCCCCUUCGACCAGAAUUGCGCGAACUUCAAGACUACCAUGAGCAGUGGAAUCUCUAUAUCUUGGCCCUGAGCUGGAUGCAGUGGCUCAACCAGAGCGAUCCCGCUUCUUGGUACGCAAUCGCAGGUAUACACGGCGCACCAUUUGCAGACUACGGCGGUGUCAAAGCAUUGCCUGGCAAUAAGGCCAAUGGAUACUGUACCCACGUGUCUAUCCUCUUUCCUCCUUGGCAUCGCGCAUAUCUGGCCCUCUUUGAGCAAACUCUCUUCACUAUUGUCCAGACCAUUGCGGCAUGGUAUCCCGAUGAGCAACGUGAGACCUUUCAGCGUGCAGCCGAUACUUUCCGUAUACCCUAUUGGGAUUGGGCAAUGAAGCCAUCAAACGGAUCUAGUGUCUUUCCUUCUAUUCUUUGGGGCUCAUCGAAAAUAGAAGUUGAUGGUCCAAACGGGAAACAGAAUAUCAGCAACCCCCUCUUCAGUUACGUCUUCAACCCCUUGAAUCCUGGCAUUUUUGAGGAAUACCCCUUCAUGUACUGGAACGAGACAAAGCGAAGACCGAAUCCGCUGCAGAGCCCAAAUGCGACGUCGGACAACGAAUGGGUGUCGCAGGCCUUCAGCAAGAAUUUGCCCACCAUCCAGCAACGACUCUACGCACUCUUUGCGACCUCUGGCAACUAUAGUGAAUGGAGCAAUGAAGCGUGGAUUCCAGACUCUAGCAACUCGAGCUUCGACUCGAUUGAAUCUCUCCAUGAUACUGUUCACUUGACGUGCGGAGGCAACUUUGGACACAUGGCCAUUAUCGCGUACUCGUCAUUCGACCCUUGUUUCUUUCUGCACCAUGCAAACAUUGACAGGCUGUUUGCAAUGUGGCAGGUGGUCUACAAUGAAUCGUGGCUAGAGCCGACACAGGCCAUACUCCCGACCAGGACGAUCAGAACUGGAGACAAUCAAACCUCUCUAUCAGACUUGACGCCCUUCUACCGUAACGAAACACAGUUCUGGAAUUCUGACGACGUCCGUGACCACAAGGUGUUUGGGUACAGCUAUGCGGAUGUGGUCAGUGGAAAUCGAAGUGACGUGAUCGCGGCCAUCAACAGACUGUACACUGACUUCACUCCUGCAACACUGUCACCCACCAAGCACAAUGUGCAUGGAGCCCAAGCCAACUUUGGUCGUCGCUUUCAGGAAAGGUCUUCUGAGGAUCUUGUCACCACAGACGGAGUGUACAGAGAGUGGAUUGCCAAUAUUCAUGUCAAUAAAUUCGCUUUGGGUGCAUCCUUUACCGUUCACCUCUUUCUCGGUCAUGCCCCCAAAUACUUUGGCAAGUUUGAAAUGUCAAAUGGCACGAUUGGAACACUGGGCAUAUUUGCAGGCGGUCAUCACACUCAUGCCGGUCUGGGACCUCUCCAAGUCGGCGGGACCAUCCCUCUGACAUCAGUGCUGGCUGAGCUGGUAAUCUCAGGAAACCUUCCCAGUAUGCACCCCGUGGACGUUGGCCCUUUUCUGAAACAGAGCCUGGGAUUCCUCGUGUUACAUCAGAAUGGAUCAUAUAUGGACCCGAAUGCAAUCAAUGGCCUACAUAUCAGCAUCGUAAGCUCCCAAGUCACAGCACCGGAAACAAAGACAGAGCUGGCGGAUUGGGGUAAAGUAGACACACGGCUCGACCUUUAUUGA